ACUGAGCGGGGCUUCGGGGGGCUGCGGCAGAGGGGGGCGGAGCGUCGGGAGGCGGCGGCGGUUGUGUGCGGUUGGCCGACGCCCCUCUGGGUUGGCUGGACUGCUCCGUCCCGAGGCAUGCUGGGAGCUGUAGUUCUGCGGUGCCGGGCGGCCACGUGGGCUCCGAGCUGCGCGGCCGGGCUUUCCCCGGGCCGGGGCCGGGGCCGGGCUGUGCGCGCCGGGAGGCGCAGGUUGCUGCUGGCUGUAAGAUUAAGCUUGGAAAUAGAGGGGGAGUGAGGGAAGAAAAAAAUCAAAGCCUUACAGGGCCUCAGCUCCACGAAUAACAGUCUGUCUGCUUCUGGAAGAACUUCCCGCCGUCAAGGACAGAUGGGGCGGACCCCAAAAGCUAGGUGGGGUUGUGUGAAAGCUGGUGAUAGUGCUAGCAGGACUCCACAGUCGACGAGAGGUAUCCUUGGAUUUGUUGUCCAUCACAACGAGAAAUGCUUGUUUCAUCCAGUCUGGGGAAGCCUGUCACACUCACAGACAUAAGUAAUAGCAGUGAGACUCUAUUAUGCAGUCAUGGAGAAAGUGUGGCAUAGUGAAGAAACAGUGUGUUUCUGGUAAGGUGACAAGUGGACUCACACCUCCCAGAAGUCCCAGUUUGUGGUCUUAAGGUUGUUUUUCUUGUUGGGGGAAGGCAGAGAGAGCCGAAUAUUAUCCAGAAAGGUGGCCAAACCCAUGCCUAAAAAACUCAGCUGCUAAAGCUUUUAUAAAUGAUCUUUGCACUGCAAGUUUCAGUUUUCAUGAAGCCAAAUCAAGAUAAAUAAGAAAAUUUCUAUGGGUUUAAAAGAACACUUACUAAAAUAUUGUUGUCAUUCACACUAAUAAUGGAACGAGUGAACUUGUUCCACACAGUAAUCUGAAUUUAUUUUUUUAUUUUUGUAUUCUAGCAAACUGUGUAUGAUCCCGGGAGUGUAGGCAUGGUCUUGCAUAGCAUUGUCAUUCUGCCCCACCGCUCUUGACAUCUAACAAAGUAAUACUUUCUGGAUGUUGUCUGCGAAUUCUUUCCUUCCUUGUGUAAGAAGUCGAUGCGCGUGUCACCUAGUUUGUCACAGGGUGUUGCUGAAGUACUGUUUUAUUUGUUUUUGUGAAGACAGCAGAAUCAAAGAUAGCAGCUUGGUGGUGACUCCCUCCGAGAUAGUCAUUAAGAUAAAACAGCGAAGUUUCUAGCAUAUAUUAAAAAAUUUGGAGGACUUAGCAUAGCUUGCAGGAAAGUGUGCUGGAAAGGUGAUAUUUGGCAGCAAGCGUGAAAAUGUCGUAUUUUUACCAACAAUAAUAAGAACUGAUGCGUCUGCCCUGUGUUUGGUUAGGUCAGUGAGUUAAGAGGAGCUGAGCAUAGGGUUUGCAGGGAAAUUGGGAAAUGAAUGAGAUAAUUUAAUCUCUUUUCCAUGUAUGUUUUUGUUUUGUUUUUUAAAUCCCAUACUUAUGCUAUUAUACUGAAUUUUUAAUAUAACUCUAUUUUAGCUGGUUCGGGUUUAUGGAUAGCAGCUAACUAUAGGAAGAAAUAAGAUCCUGAAGUGUCCCUGGAGCCACUAGCUCUACCUCUUUAUCUGUUCCGUGAGAAGAUGCCCUGGAUUGUGUUUAUUAAAUGGAGUAUGAGAAGAAACAGCUUCUUGUGACAUUUGUGCUCCUCUUCUUCAGCUCGUGCAGAAGGCUGACAGCCUGUCUCACUCUCAUCAGUGCUAUCCCACCAGCUCCGUUAGGAGCUCAGCACCGCGUUUGUCCUGUUUCAAUCUUCCUGAUCCCCUCCUUUCUGUGCUGCAACACCACCAUCCACGAGAAGUCAGUGGAUGUACCCAUCACCACCUUGGGGCUACAUAGAAAUCCAAUGGAAAGGAGUGGAGAUGCUGAGAACAGGCACCUUGUGGCUCAGCGGCAUUUCCUUGCUGUCUGAAAAAGUCUCCUUGCAGUAGCUAUUCAAAAACCUUCUGCCCAUUUUAAACCCUGCUUGAUUGUUGGACUGCACCUGGGAGGUUUUCCUCUCCCUGCGUUCUGACAGCCGGCUAUGUCCUCGUGCUGCGGUUCACCAGGGCAGAAGCAGCUCCCCGCCGCUAGGACCCCUGUGGUGUUGGUUGCUGAGUGAAGGUGGCACACAGGGUAAACUGAGGGAAGAUGCAGGUGGCGUGCUGCGGUCACAGGUUUCCCAGGAGAAAGAGCAGCCCGUCCGUCCCGACUGCCUAGGUAAGUCGCAGCAACCUCCGGGUGAAAUCGAGGCGUGCUCAUAAACUUCCUGCAGCCCAGGAAGAUCGUGUCGGUCACAAAAGGUAGUAGUAACCUUGUGGUUUCAAUGUUCUGUAGCGUUUGUAGCAAAAUACACUGGCAGAUGAAUAAAUGAGCGGUACAAAUACAUGUGACUCUUUAGCUGAGACUAAAUAACGUGCAGUUUCUUCUGUGUUUUAUCUUUCAAAGCACGUUGAUGCUGAGCGCCUGAGCUUUCUGCUCACGUUACCAAGGAAAGGAAUGGCUGUGCUGCUUCCCCCCUCAUCUCUCUCUUUUUUUUUCUUUUUUGUUUUCUCUCCUCUUCUCCCUUGAUGACAGGGACUCAAAAUGUUUUCCUUGGAUGUCCACGUGAAAAUUAAAAUAAAUAAAUGCAAAUGGUGAACACACUGACAGAAUUGGGUGACAUUUUCAAGGUAGAGGAGGGCGAAGAAUGUGGAAAUUCCUAGUACAUUAGUGGUGCUCUGUUAACAAAACUGACGUAUACACCACUUGCUUCUUUCUAGUUUUUUGGUUUGGUUUUCCUUUCAGUAAUCUCCCUGAAGGCUUUUGUGGACACAUGGUGUAUCUUUUCUGUUCUUCCAGUAUUAAUUUGUCAGGAAAGACGACCAUAAAAUCCGAGGGCUAUGGACAACCAUCUACCAGGUGGUUGUUGCAGCCUCCAUCGGUCAUGUUAUUUGUGCUUUUAGCUCGCCCUCUCCUAUAUCUUGAGUUGAAUUUUUUUUUUUUUUGGCAACGCUAUGUUUGCAGUGAUAGCAUUGCUGCCGAGGUAUUUUUGACUAAAAAUAAUCUUAACUGUAGUAGUGAAUUCACAGAGUGUGGCUUUGUGUAAUGACUCCCACGAUCACAACUUUUUUUUUUUUUUCCUUUGUCACAGAUAGGAGGAAAGCUCUUUCCAGAGAGAUGGAAAGAAAGUUGUUUCAGAAUAUGUUCAGAAUGUCUGAAAGUGUUUCAGAAUAUUUCUUGUAGUAGUUAACAAUAUUACAGCCCAUAGAGCAAUUUCUUUGUGCAUGAGAACUUGUGGGUUAACUGAGAGUUACUUGUUUUAUUAUAAAAUUAGGAUUUGAAACCACGGGCAUUCAGAAAUGCAUAUGAUAUGCCUUGUCGCAGUCUUCUAGAUCAGCUAACCAGAAUGAGAACCAAUCUUCUGAAAACACACAGGGAUAUCAUGGAGCAGGAUGAAGACUGCCUUCACAGCGUUCUUGUUGUUCAAAUGGGAAAUUAUCAGGAGUAGUUGAAAAUGAUGCCUUCACCCCUUCGGGAGAUUGAUCCAGAUCAACCAAAAAGGCUUCAUAUAUUUGGCAAUCUGUUCAAACAGGAUGAGAAGUCUUUCCAGGGUAUGAUGAGAGAUGAAGCAGAUAAAUUUGUUGCUGGGCCUCAGAAUAAGAUCAAGCGUCCUGGAGAGCCCAAUACUGCAGCAUCACUAAAGAGAAGGCAUAGCAUGUCACUGCUAUUGAGACAGCCACAGUCUGUUGUGACAAACCACGUUGGUGGGAAAGGGCCACCCUGUGCUGCUGGAUCUCCAUCAUAUCUGAACCUCAAAGGCAUGCCAACAAAUAAAGACAUUGGUAACAAUACUGUCCAAGAUGGUAAUGGAGAGAAGAAAGCAGAAAAUUUUCAGUUGCUGGAAAAGCAAAUUGAUGGCUUGUCUGUGCAAAUAGCUUCUUCGGUUCCAGCUGUUAUGGGAGAGGAUGAAAUGUUACGUGGUGACUUAGACUCUCUACAUGAUGAGUUCAAUUGCUUAAAUGAUGCAGAUGGCUUGGAUCGUAAACCUGGUACCAGUGCACUUGUUCGAGGGCCUCUAAAUUUCAGUGUGGUUGGAGAUGACCAAAAACUGGUGAUGGAGUCUACUUCUGAAUCUGUGCCAAAUUCAUUUAAAAUAACACCUACGAUGUUGGAGGGAAGCGAUGCUGAUAUUAAAAUUAGAGUGAUGAAAGAGGUUCGCAAACCUGGAAGAAAUUAUGAAAAAAUCUUCUCUCUUCUUGAGGAGGUACAAGGACCAAUGGAUAUUCAGAAGUAUUUCAUUGAAUUUGCUAUAAAGGAAGCAGCAAGACAUUAUGAAAGUGCACCUGAGGCUUCCCAGGUCCAUGACUUCAGUUCUCUUUCAUCUUGUGAGGAGGUUGGAGAUUCUUCAGGUGGCCUUGGCACACGCUGUGCUUUGGAAGCACUAAAAGGAAACGCUUUUAAAAACGUGCAUUUUAAUGUUCAUAUAAAAGAGAUUAUUUUUGAACAGUAUUGUUACUGGAUCACUAAUUUGAUACUUUAACUGUAUAAAUUUUUUGGAACAUAGGUGUAUAUAUAUAAAAUAAACCCUUUAAUUAAUUUUUAAUAAGUGCUAACCUGAGGAGUCUGUAGCGGGCAGCAUUGAAUUUCCUGUUACCAGCAGACCGCUAAUUUUUUGUGAAACCAGUCUGCAUACCCUGAAAUUCCACUUCUGGUAAUAGCUGCAGAAUGUGUUUGUACUUACCUCCCAGUAGCAUGUACUCAUCAGUCAGCUCAGCCUGUGCAGGGUGUACAUUUUUGCUCCAAGGUGAAAGUAUUAAAGGCACCAAGUUCCAGCUUACCAAAUCCAUGGUUACCCAAGUUAAUAUCCUCUCCUCCGUUCCUCUUACUCUUUUGUUCGAAGGUAAUGUUGUGAAUCACAGAAAAUGCAACGAAGGCUGAAGCACCUGCACGUAAUUAUUUUUUUCAUUUUAAACAGUAAUAUGCCCAUAGUAAGUGGCUCUUCAGAUAAUUUUAUUUUCAGUUGUUCUCAUUUAAAAACGUUCUCCUGCUCCUUUAACAGCAUUCUUUUAAAAGACAGGUUGAAGUUGUUCUCAUGUUAACAAGCUCUUUACAAAGUACUGCGAAUAUCUUGAGGAUUCCACUUGACCAGCUAGCAGAAGAGACAGGGAAACAGAUUUAAGUUGAUGGCCUGAACUUCUGUUCCUAUUAAUAUUUGUAGUACUAGCCAGCCUGUGAGACAUCUUUUCCGUCUCUUGUGAAGCAGUGGCCUUGUCUUUCUGGAAGAGGUGGUUUUACCAUUGGAAUUACACCAGUGAGAUUCAAGAAGGAAAUUAAAUCCAAAAGCAGCAUAUCUUUAUUACCAUGUGAAGUGAAAAAGUUACACAUGGAAAGAACUUGUUAUAAACAUUUCUGAACUCUU